AUGGCCACAGCAACAUCAGCUACCGCUCUCGUCCUCCACGGCGCAAAGGAUCUACGUUUGGAGAAACGAUCAGUGCCAGCUCCCACCGGCGCAGAUGUCCAAGUUGCCGUGCAGGCAACUGGUCUCUGCGGCUCCGACCUUCAUUACUACAGCCACGGCCGCAAUGGCGACUUCGUCGUGCGCGAACCGAUGUGCCUGGGCCACGAGUCCGCUGGAACCGUGACGGCUGUCGGCCCCGACGUCACCAACCUCAAAGUCGGCGACCGCGUCGCUCUGGAGGUCGGUCUACCGUGCCGCCAGUGCGCCUUGUGCAAGCAGGGUCGCUACAAUAUUUGCAAGAACAUGCAGUUCCGCAGCAGCGCAAAGAUGUUCCCCCAUCUGGACGGUACCCUCAUGGAGCGCACCAACCACCCGGCUUCCAUGUGCCAUCCUCUGCCAUCCAAUGUCUCCAACGCUGGCGGUGCACUCGUCGAGCCGCUGGCCGUCUGCUUACACGCCGUUCGCCGCUCACACCCACCUACCAAGGAAGAGGUUGAAAUUGCCAGCAGCGUAGGCGAGGGCACGGCUGCUCUAGUCUUCGGCGCAGGAGCCAUUGGUCUACUCGUCGCUUCGGCCCUAGCUACUUCGCAGAACUUCACAUCCAUCGUCGUCGCAGACAUUGAUUCCUCGCGUCUUGAGAUCGCCGCCUCCCUUGGCCUCGGCCUCAAGACUGCCCUCAUCCCCCGCAGCGACUCUGCCAACCCUCCCCCUGCCAAGGAUGCUCCCCACGCCGACCAGACAGCCUAUGCGCUUGCAAAUGCCCAGCGCGUCGCUGCUACCCUCACCGAGGCUGCCAAUGUUGCAGGCAGCCCCGAGGUUUCUGGCUUCAGCCGCGUGUACGAUUGCACCGGUGUGCCCGCCUGCGUUCAGGCGGGGAUCUACGCCUCCGCACCAGGAGGUGUUCUCGUCCAGAUCGGCAUGGGUAACCCCAUCCAGACACUUCCUGUUGGCGCCGCCGCGCUGCGCGAGGUCGAUAUCAUUGGUGUCUUCCGAUACGAUGGCAACGCUUACCCGGCAGCCAUUGCAUUGUUGGCGAGCGGGAAAUUACAUACCGUGGAGGAGAAGGUCGUGACGCACCGCUUGCCUCUGGAGGAAGGUGAGCGUGCCUUCGCGCUCGCUGGAAAGGGCGUUGAUGAAAGCGGUAACCCUGUGGUCAAGGUGAUUAUUGAGAACAAGGCCGAGAGCCACCUGUAA